AUGACGACGGUCGCGCGCGUCGCGCGCGGUGGAUGGGACGUCGAGAGCGCGUCGACGCCGAUCGCGAAAAGAGCGCGAAUAGAGCAAGUCGAGACGAACGUCGACGCGCCGACGACGCCGGAGAUGCUGUUCGACAGCGCGCUCGAACUGCGACACGAGAGCGGCGUCGCGCUGAGGUUCGAGGCGGAAGACGCGCUCAGGGAGUGGGUGAAGCUCGGGUUGCCCGCGAUCGAGGUCGCGGCGGCGAAGACGUGGCGACGGUCGCACGUCGAGCGGUUCGGCGAUGCCGCCGAGUACGACUGGACGUUUACGACGCCGUACGGCGGCACGGUGACGACGACGAGCGAUUCGAAUCGCCAGCCACCGACGUGGGAGCUCACCGACAGACGCAUUGAUCGCGCGAUGCUCACCGAGAGAGAUCCGAUACUGAUGUACGACGAGCUGACGCUGUACGAGUCCGAGCUCGACGACAACGGCGUCGCCCACCUCGGGCUCAAGGUGCGCGUCAUGCCCAAGUGUUGGUUCGUCUUGCUCAGAUUUUGGCUCCGCGUCGACGGCGUUCUCAUUCGCCUGUUCGAGACUCGAUUCUUUUGCGAUUUCACCGAGGUCGAUCGCACCGGCGCCGUCGUCGUCGUUCGCGAGACGCAGCGCCGCGAGGAAACCUGGGACGCCCUGCACGCGCGCGGCGCCCCGUGCGAUCCGACGCAAUUUCCCGACGCCGACCAAGCUGCGAGCGUACUCCUCGCCGCGGGCGGUCCGGUGGACAUCGUCACCCACGCCUUGACGAUCGCGCCGUGA